GCAUCAAACGUCGCGACGUCACGGUCCGUGGCCCAACCCUGACUCCGCCUCCCCCAAACUCCACCCCUUCUGCAGAAGUGCGAGUUCUGGCUGGUGUUACCUGAGUGUUUAACCACUUUGGUACCGAGGUGGGACAAGCGGGCGUUGCCUGGGAGUUCCUGGCAGGUCUAUGAUCCGCUGUCAGUGUAUGACAGAGUGACGGAGAGAAGACUGUGCUUUGUGGUGGGGCUGAGACCCAGCUAUGUGACUUCCCCUUGCAUUCAGCUCGCCGGCUUUAGCGCUGGCAGGGUCUCCCCCGCACAAAUGGCUCCUGCCAAGUCAGUGCUCAGCCUGGCCACCUUCUCCUUUGGCAUCGCUAUUGGCUUCAUCUUCAGUUACGUGAUCUUCAGCAUUGUGUUCGAGAGGCAGGAAAAACCGCAGGGGAAGCCCGAGGUUCUCUUUAACGAUCCCCACGGGAGGCACUCGGACGAUGCCCCGGCUGGGCCGCCUCUCCAGGGGCAGAUGGACUUCAACGCGGAUGCCCAGCAGCACCAUGAUGAGGACAAGCAUGUGGCUGAUGAGCUUUAUAGCAAAGUGAAAAUCUUGUGUUGGGUAAUGACCGGCCCCCAAAACCUGGAAAAGAAGACAAAACAUGUUAAAGCCACCUGGGCCCAGAGGUGCAACAGAGUGUUAUACAUGAGCUCUGAAGAGAACAAAGAGUUCCCUACCGUGGGCUUAGACACAAAGGAGGGCAGAGACCAGCUCUACUGGAAAACCAUUAAAGCCUUUCAGUAUGUUUAUGACCAUCAUCUGGAGGAAGCAGACUGGUUUAUGAAAGCUGACGAUGAUACGUACGUGGUGUUAGAUAACCUCAGGUGGCUUUUAUCCAAGCAUGAUCCCAAUGACCCAAUUUACUUUGGGAGACGUUUUAAACCCUAUGUAAAACAAGGGUACAUGAGUGGGGGAGCCGGUUAUGUGUUGAGUAAAGAGGCCUUGAAAAGGUUCGUGAAUGCAUUCAAGGAAGAAAAAUGUACUCAUAGCUCUUCUGUGGAAGAUCUUGCUUUAGGGAAAUGUAUGGAGAACAUUAAUGUCAAAGCUGGGGAUUCCAGAGAUACGAGCGGAAAAGAGACAUUCCAUCCAUUUGUACCAGAGCAUCACCUAAUCCAGGGCUACUUGCCCAAGACUUUCUGGUACUGGAAUUAUAACUAUUAUCCUGCAGUGGAGGGCCCUGGAUGCUGCUCCGACCUUGCAGUUUCUUUCCACUAUGUGGAUUCUACAACUAUGUACCAGUUAGAAUAUCUGGUCCAUCACCUUCGUCCGUAUGGAUACAAAUACAGGUACAGUCCGGACCCCACUAUGAAAAACAUGAAGGAAGACACAGAUAAAGCUAAAGAUGGCAAGGCGGCAGCAUGAGAUAUGAAUCAUACGUCCUUGUGCACUGACUUUUUUAUGAUUAUUAUUAUUAUUAUUAUAGGGUGGGCAACAUACAGUGCUAAUGUUUUCUACAUUCUCCAUCUGUUUUGUUGUUUUUUUUUCUGUGAAUGAUCACACAUUCAGUCUG